AUGCCCGGGGCGCUUCCCGGCGUAAUAAAACGAUACAGCCUGGAAUAUCCGCGUGCUUCGUCCAGAAUAACAUCUACGUUCAGUACUAUCACUGCUAAAAGGGCAAGAAUGCUUUGGUCUUGUAUUCUACACAUUCUGAUAGCACUGUGUCUAGUUACUUUGGUUUGGACUCUAAAUAGUACUUCUACGAAACAUGGAAAUCUAGGAUCUGCUGAUACUGUUAACACUGGUGUUAUUUCAGCAACCAGUAGCCUCACCACAGCGAACGACACACAGAACAGUCUAGGGAGAACUCCUGACUGUGUAGACCCAGGCUAUUGUGAAAAAUGGGACCAAAUCGGAUGUGCAUGUUCGUGUCCUAGCAAAAGAAUAAACCCUAAGAACAAACAUCAUUUUAUUAUAUGUCCAUUUUACAACAUCGCACAUCUGAAAACCGUGUGCUCCGAUAUGCUCUGUCCAGCUACCACGGUGUGGGAACAAAAACACUGUAAAUGUCUGAAUCCUAUAAAAGCCAGGAACGGAGAAAAAACACCUACCAGUAACAAGAAAGGGAACUGUGAGUUGCUUAUAGACUAUAAAUACAGCAAGAAACUUGGUUCGUUCAUCGAUUACCAGAAAAACCACGUUAAGGAGAAAAGUGGAGCUCACAUGCAAGUGGAGACUGUUUUAGGGGCGACCGCAUCAGGAAAGGCUGCCAGCUUUGAAGGGACGUCAGUGCAAAUGCCAGUUCUCGAGUAUAAUGGAUUAGGAGACACAAUGUUACUGAAACUGCGCCUCAAACCAGAUGCCAGUCCACAUAACAACACCCAAAUUAUUCUCUCAAAUGAGUGCUAUACCAAAGACGAUCCUCCUAGAAAAGAUCCUGCAUCCAUCUUGCUUAGUUAUCUACACAAUACCAAUAAGUUCACAAUCGGGAUUAACACCUUGCUGGGUCAAAGCGGAUCAUGUCAAAUACGUGCAGACCCUGAAGGCUGGUAUCGCAUCUCCGUAUCGGUGAGGUCAUCCAUCACUAAGGUGAUCAUCAACAGUCAAGUGUGCACUACAUUUACCGGACAAGGUCCCAUCUCAAAGAACAGCUGUCCUCUGACUAUCGGCGGUGCCCCACUAGCUACAGAUAACAGUUCUCAUUUUUACGGUCAUCUCGAUUAUAUACGACUGUUCAAGUAUUGCCACAAGGAGUCACGGUGACAAUGUACCGAAGAGGGACAUGAAUAAUACAGUUUCGUAUGAACAGCUAACAUCAUAUUAAAACGCGUUUUUUUUUUUAUCCACCUUCUCUAUAGUCCGGCGGCGAACCAUUAAACCCCAAAUUACGGAUUUAAGUUAUUUUCCCUGAUUAUACUUGUUUAGGAAAUCUAUUUCACAGAUAUGAACGAUGACGUAGAGGUUUAUUUUAACAAAUCACAUUUCAUAUACUCAACCGCUUUGAAAACGCUCAUUGUAUCACCAAUUUCAUAUUUUAUACACUAAACAGAUUGAUAUCAAUAGCAUUUCAUAAAUGACCACCCAUUAAUACCGAAACGGACUAUGCCCGUACUUUGUACGCUACAUCAUUUUGGUGACACUGUGAGCAGACCAGAUAGGAAGUACAGAAAUAGGGACUUCUGACUAUCGUGUUUGAUGCUGAUGUUCACAAUAUAGAUCUGAUGUACCUAUAGAGUUGCAGACCUCUACCGUUCCAUUUCCUGCUGAUUAUCCUUGGACAGGAGUGCUUGGUUGUUCUCUACUUCUGAUCAAGACGAGGACUUGUAGUUCGUCUACCGGAGACUCACGGGCUAAAGGGCUCUCUACCCGAAGAAACCAUAAGAGUUUCUCCCAGUCAGUUCUCCGAUAUGAACAAUAUUCUUUGCCUUUUCCAGAUCAGCGGUGCUAACUGAAACACCAGACCGACUACUUAUCCCGGACCAGGACUCGACUAGUGUGCACCUGACCCGUGUAUAGUACCUAUUGUUGAAGACAGAUAUCUAGUUAUUUCCGUUUGCAAGUUAAAGUGCCAACGUACACUUCCGCAUACGUUACUAAUGUUGUUUGCUGUUAACAUUGUUCGAGUUGCUACCGUUGAUGUAGGAGUUGCACCUUCCCAGUGCCAGUGUACGUGUUUGUGUUUUAUACAAGACUUGACAACCUACAGUGUAUUCGGUUCGGAUUAUAAAUUGAACUUUGAACUUUAUUGACAAAUCGUGUAAUUUUCCUUUUCAACAACAAGCGAGUACGUUAUAAAGAAAUUUGUAUAAAA